UAAGCUCAUAUUACUCACUAUUAAACGACAUUUAACAUUUAUUCCUAAAUGUACACAUUUUUCUGAUAAUCCUGACAAAACGUAAACUUGCAAGGUGUUUCGAUUUUUUUGAUGAGUAGUGUAUAACAUACAUAAAACAUAAUGUCAUAAGCUCACAACUAUAUUCCUAAGGUAGCAUCUAUCGCAAGACGUACUAAGUACCCACGAUUCGGCGAGCUUUUUGUUAGACUAACGUCACAGGUGAUGAGCUGUAUCGCCGUCUUUAUAAUAGUCGAACCUAAAUAAUUCAUUUGUGCAAUCCGGGACCAGGAUCAAGGUGGCGCUUCCCGUCUGACAAGCAAGCCCACAUAUUUAGGACCACAUGAGACAUUUUUUCUGUUUAUCUACAAUCAAUAAAAAGAUACGUCGACAACAGCAUAUUAUUUAAUAUCUCAUAUCUAUAAUCAAAUCAUCAGAUAUUCUACCUAUAUAAAUCAGUGUUACGGGAGGUAAGAAAAUAAUUCUUCGGUGAUGUGGUCCAAUAGCAUUGUCGCGUUGUUGGUAUGCGCCUGCGCAUUUUCGGGACAGGCCCGGCAGCCCCCCAACGUUGCCUUCGUGGAGAAAUAUUUUGGAAUUGACAGUUCAGGUCAUAGCCGUUUCUCCGACAACGUUUUUGAAGAUGCUCUGCUUGACGUGCCGGACCUCAUCAGAAAGUAUGGGUAUCCACUGGAAACGCACGAGGUGGUGACAGAAGACGGGUAUAUCCUGGAGAUGCACAGGAUCCCGCAUGGGCGCGACCAGAACAACCAGCCAGAUCCCAACAAACCUGUCGUAAUUGUCAUGCAUGGAUUACUCUGCUCCUCAGCUGAUUUUGUGAUAAUGGGCCCGGGAACUGCUUUAGGAUAUAUCCUUGCCGAAGCUGGCUACGACGUAUGGCUAGGAAAUGCUCGCGGAAAUUUCUAUUCAAGACGACACCUUACUCUUGACCCUAACGAUAGGAGAGACUUGUCUUUCUGGAACUUCAGCUGGGACGAGAUAGGGCAGUACGACCUGCCUGCUAUGAUAGACUAUACUCUCAGCGUCACCGGCAAAUCUCGGCUGCAUUACAUCGGACACUCCCAAGGAACUGUUGUGUUUUGGGUGAUGGGUGCCUUGCGACCGGAAUACAACGAGAAGAUCAUCACAAUGCAGGCAUAUGCGCCCGUAGCGUAUUUGGAGUUCAAUACGAAUCCUUUUUUCAUUGCCAUUGCGCCUCAUGCGAACAAUCUUGUGAGACUAGCAAAUCUGCUCGGAAUCGGAUCCCUAUUAUCUCGGGACGAAGAACUGUCGGCGAAUGGUGCCGGAUUGUGCGCGGAUGGCUCUGACUUGCAGCCCAUAUGCACUAGCAUGUUAUUCGCCAUCGCUGGUUAUAGUGGGGAUCAGCAUAAUGCUACAAUGUUUCCUGUGAAGUUAGCGCACUCGCCCGCUGGUAUUUCUGUGAAGCAGUUGGCGCACUUCGGGCAGCUUAUUAAUCAAAAUUUCUUCCGCCGCUACGACCAUGGGGCGCUGGGCAACUUGCGAAAUUACGGGACUGUGACACCACCGCAUUAUGACCUUAAAAAGGUCACUGCGCCGGUGUUCCUUCAUUACACUGACCCGGAUCCGUUUGCGCACAUCAUCGACGCGGAAAGACUCUGGCGGGAACUCGGCAAUGCGUUGGCGUUUUUAAGGGUUGACCCGCCCUUCAGUCAUGUGGAUUUCACGUGGGGCCAAUAUGCGAAAACCUCAGUGUAUGACCGGACGAUAGAUAUCAUGAAUUUAUUUGGCUCUAAUUAAAAGAUAAAUAAAUAAUGUUUUAUUUUUUUA